GUUUCUACAACACUGUCAACAGCACUCCUUCUGGCAAUUCAGUCGUCUUAGAAUCUGUAGGAGUGUCUGGUGGUUCUGGAAGCAGAACCUUGCAUUGCAGUGCUUAGAUCAAUCGUUCACACCAAAACGGGUGUUCUUUCAACGCGUGACAUUGGGCGGUAGGAUUAGCUGCACACUCAGAAUAGUGCGCUCCGUAGGAAUUCUCAGCGGUGCGACUCUGCACCCAUUGAACCAAAGUGCCACCAUGAAUUUGGAGAAGCUGCGAUCGGUGGUGCGCGACGCCCUUGGGAAGCACCUCUACUCAUCGGCAAUCUUCUUUGCUGACAAGCUGGUCACUGUCUCUGGGGCCGCUGCCUCGGACGUUUACCUUUUAGCUCAGGCGUACUACCUAAGCAAGCAGUACCAGCGGGCGCUACACUUGCUGCGGCAAGAGCACCUGCUGACGGCUGAUGACCGCUUCAAGUACCUGGCUGCCCGAUGCCUGGCGGAGCUGAAAGAGUGGGACGAGUGCCUGGUGAUGCUGGGGGAUGACGAGAGCCUGGCCGAGCAAAGCGGCCAAGCCAGCGAGGGGGAAAGCAUGGAGCUGAAUGGGGAAGGCAGGGAGAUCAACAUUGUUGCAGCGAACUGUCUCCUUCGAGGGCGGGCGUUUGAGGCGCUGGACAAUCGGACAAAGGCCCUCUUCUGGUACAAGGCGACACUCCGAGCGGAUCCGUAUUGCUACGAGGCCUUCGAGCAUUUGUUUGACAACCGCAUGCUAUCGGCGGAUGCAGAAGCGAAACUCUUAGACUCGUUGAAGUUCCCGGCGGAAGACCGGUGGCUGGCGCUGCUUUACCAGUGCAAGAGCGUGAAGUUUGGCCAGCGGCUGUUUGAGGAGCGCGCCGUGGAGUUGGAGCGGUCCGCCGAUGACGCGCCUAGCACGAGCGGGAGCGACGGGUGGGGGCUGCGGGGCAACGGGGACCUUUUGGCCUGCCGCGCUGAUAACCUGUACCACCGGGCGGAGUACCAGCAGUGCUACGACCUGACGAAAAGCGUACUCGAACGGGACCCGUAUCACUUGGCGUGCAUGCCCGUCCACGUGGCAGCCGCUCUGGAGCUGCGGCGCAAGAACGAGCUGUUUCUGCUCGCGCACAAGCUGGUGCAGGAGUACCCCCAGAAAGCCGUCGCGUGGUUUGCGGUCGGGGCCUACUACAGCUGCAUACGGAACUACGACUCCGCGCGGCGAUAUUUCGCGAAAUCCACGAGUCUGGACAGCUCCUUCGCGCCGGCGUGGCUGGGUUUCGGGAACGCGUUCGCCGCUCAGGACGAAAGCGACCAGGCAAUGGCGGCAUACCGGACUGCAGCUCGGCUGUUUCCGGGGUGCCACCUACCGAGUCUAUGCAUCGGCAUCGAGUACCAAAAGACGAACAACCUGAACCUAGCGGAGCAGUUUCUGAAGGACGCCCAAAAGCUGUGCCCCCAGGAUCCGCUCAUCUACAACGAGCUCGGCGUGCUGUCGUACCGGAACAAGGACCACCGGAAAGCGGAAAGCUGGCUGCGGAAAGCGCUCUCGCUCGCGCCGGAACCGCUGACCGACGCCUGGGAGGCCACGUGCGUCAACCUGGGGCACGCGCUGCGCAAGCAACGAAAAUACGCCGAAGCAAUUGACUGGUACGAUAAGGCUCUGGGCCUGUGUCCCCGCUCCGCCAGCACCUAUGCCGCGCUCGGCUACACGCACCACCUCAUGGAUCAAUUGACUCUUGCGAUCGAGUACUACCACAAAGCUCUGGGGCUGAAAGCGGACGACACCUUCACCGCCGAGAUGCUGACACGCGCGCUCGAGGACGAAGGCGCUCGAUUCGGGAUGGGCGGGGGAGAAGAAUUUCUGUAG